UUGGCCACGUCAGCACCGGUGGAAGGGUGCAGAGCACGGGAACAGGGAGGAAACCAGCUUCUUUCCUUGGACCUACUGUGUCAGGCACACGUUCUCCCCUGUAAUACCUCCUGUCCUUGGUGUAUCCUCAGGCUGCCAAUGGGGACGCCAUCCCAGAGCCGGUGGGUGGCCUGUGGGAGAGAAGGAUGGGGAUUCUGAGCCCUACGUCUCGGCCCUCCCGCUUCAGAAUCUCCCCACUUUCGGCAGAGCAGCGCUCGCGUUCCACAGCUUGGCCCGUGGGGUGCUGCCCUGCAGGCCUGCUGUCCAGGGACGCGAGCGCAGCACGAGCACGGGAUCCUGUUGCUUCGCUGCAAACCCUGCAGGAAGUGUGCUGGGCUGCUCCUUGCUGAAUGGGAGACCUGCGCUCUCAGCAUAAACGAUUCAUCUUUUCCAUUUUUUAAAAUCUACUGAAGCGUAACCCAUACGGACAAUCGCUUGGAUCACAGGGCUGGCUGCUGGCGGGAUGGACACCCCGGAGGAGGAGAUCUGGGCCAGCGGGCCCCCGCCCCCGGCGCCCAACAUCAGUGUGCCGCACCGCUGUCUACUGCUGCUCUACGAGGACAUCGGCACCUCUAGGGUCCGGUACUGGGACCUCUUGCUGCUCGUCCCCAACGUGCUCUUCUUCAUCUUCCUGCUCUGGAAGCUUCCGUUUGCUCGGGCCAAGAUUCGAGUCACCUCCAGCCCCAUUUUUAUCACCUUCUAUAUCCUGGUGUUCGUGGUGGCGCUGGUGGGCAUCGCCCGGGCCGUGGUGUCCAUGACGGUCAGCACCUCAGAUGCUGCGACUGUCGCUGAUAAGAUCCUGUGGGAGAUUACCCGCUUCUUCCUGCUGGCCAUCGAGCUGAGCGUGGUCAUCCUGGGCCUCGCCUUUGGUCACCUGGAGAGCAAGUCGAGCAUCAAGCGGGUGCUGGCCAUCACCACAGUGCUGGCCCUGGCCUACUCCGUCACCCAGGGCACGCUGGAGAUUCUGUACCCGGAUGCCCACCUCUCGGCUGAGGACUUCAACAUCUACGGGCACGGGGGCCGCCAGUUCUGGCUGGUCAGCUCCUGCUUCUUCUUCCUGGUCUACUCUCUGGUGGUCGUGCUCCCCAAGACCCCGCUGAAGGAGCGCAUCUCCCUGCCCUCACGGAGGAGCUUCUACGUGUACGCGGGCAUCCUGGCGCUGCUCAACCUGCUGCAGGGGCUGGGGAGCGCGCUGCUGUGCGCGAACGUCAUUGAGGGGCUCUGCUGCGUGGAUGCCACCACCUUCCUCUACUUCAGCUUCUUCGCGCCCCUCAUCUACGUGGCCUUCCUGCGGGGCUUCUUCGGCUCGGAGCCCAAGAUCCUCUUCUCCUACAAAUGCCAAGUGGACGAGACCGAGGAACCGGACGUGCACCUGCCCCAGCCCUAUGCGGUGGCCCGGCGGGAGGGCCUAGAGGCAGUGGUGGCCGCCAGCACGCAGUUCGACUCGGCCGGGGGGAUGGCCUACCUGGACGAUGUGGCUUCCAUGCCUUGCCACACGGGCAGCAUCAACAGCACAGACAGUGAGCGCUGGAAGGCCAUCAACGCCUAGCCUGGCUGCCCCGGAGGGCGGGAGGGCCUGGGGGCCUGCGGAGGACCGGCUGGGGAGCGCAGAGCCCCCGGCAGGGGAGGACGGGGGUCAGGCCCGUGCAUGGGCGGCAGCCCUGUGCAGGCCCUGUCCCGCCCUCUGUCCCCCACUUGCCUGCGGCCACCUCUGCUUCAGCUGGGGGCCGCCUCCCCCUCCCACCUGCCCUCGCCUUGCUCGGCGACUUUGAUGUCUCAGGGCCGGGCCUGGCUAGGCUGGCCGAGGGCACCUCCCUGCAGCCUGCGCCCCCAGGACUGGUCUGAUCUUCGUCAUCCUCCGCCCCCCCGCCCCCCCCAAAGCCCGCUCUGGCGGAUGGGCUGAAGCGUGUAUAUUUUCUGGAUCUGUUUUCUAAUAAAAAGGAAAAGGAG